UACUUUUUCAAGGGUAUCCCUGUGUAACAGGCGAGGACAAAAUUGCACGACCAGUUCAGGGUUCGGACCUGGGAGUCCUUCCCAACUCUAGACGGACACACUACCAAUUGAGUUACCUGUUGUUUAAAUGAAGAGACAUGGAUAAAUACACAAGAUCUCGAUCAAAGAAAAUAAAGCAGACAGCAUCUUCAAAAGAACCUGAUGUUGAGGUGAUUGAAAUGGUUGAAGAUGGUCGUGCACGAGAUGGCAAAUCAAGGAGGAGCGGUACUGAGAAGCGUCUACAGGAAGAAGUGACUAACACAGAAACCAACGCCCAUGGAAAAAACAAAAAAGUGAAAAAAUCAAAAACCAAGUUAAUUAAGUCGACAGAGAAAUUACAGAUAUCUGAUGUUUGGUCACAGCCACAGGUAUCAAAUGUAGGCUCACCAAAGACACAGGAGUUAGGUGUCAGCUCACCAAAGUCAUCGGAUUCGAGCACCAGCUCCCACAGGUCACAGGGUUUAAAUGUGGAAUCACUGCUGUCAAAGGUUGAGUCACCAGAGUCGGAGGAAGAAACUUAUCAGAUUUCUGAGGAAGAUGUUAGCAAUUCACAGACAGACUAUGACACAGCAGAUUCCAGAACAGAAAAUACAUUUGUAGAAUUUCAAUCGGAGAGGUUGGUUGAUGUGGAAGGCGGACGGCUGUUGAUACUAGAGAGCGGACAGGAAGUGUCCCUGUCUGGUUUCUGUACUAUGUCAGUGUUGUGUGGCUCCGCUGAGGUGUUUGGCUAUCACUGUGACCCCAGCAAGCAACCCGUCGAACUUUUCUCGGCAGUGAGCAACAGUCUGUUAAAAAUCAAAUGUCUAAGCGUAGAAACAAAUUCUGACUGUGUACGUUCUGUUUACUCAGAGAAUCGACUUGAGCAGGACGUUGCAGAUUGUCUGCCAUGCUCCGAUGUGGCUGUAAUAAAACUAGGUAGACUGGAUGCACCUCACAUAGACUAUGUUACCACGCUCAACACCUUCAAACAACUUUUUUGUGGGAUUAAGGAUGGUCCCCUCGGGAGGUUCUCUGUGGAAUCCAACCAGAGUAAGCGGUUACCACAACUACAUCUCAGUAACGACCACUACUUUGUUCUUGACAAAUGGAAGGAACAGCUAUCUAAAGACCCUGCUUCUAUAUUGAUCACGUGUGGUGGGAAAGGUCAGGGAAAGUCGACUCUUACUCAGUUCUUACUCAACUCAACAUUAAAUGUCCUGGACAAAGUGUGCUAUUUAGACUGUGAUCCUGGACAGACAGAGUUCACUCCCCCUGGAAGUUUGUCUCUACAUACUAUCACUAACCCAGCAUUAGGGCCGCCGUUUAGUCACCAGAAAGAACCAGCAGUUUGGUGCUUUAAUGGAAACGUGUCCCCAAAUGGAAACCCACAUUUAUACCUUAACUGUAUAAGACAGUGUUUCCAUGGCUACACUCAGAUGAAGCCACGUCCACCUCUAGUGGUCAACACAAUGGGCUGGAUAUCAGGUCUUGGUCUACUAUUACUGAUUGAUACUCUGAGAAUCGUUCAGCCUGACCUUGUGAUACAGAUAGAUUCCAAACAUGCGGACGGAAACCUUCCCAUGUUGACCCCCACAAACGUAGCCCAAUCUGACAGCUGGUCCAGUCAAUGCAAGGAGCAACAGAAGAAUAUUCCUCAGAAGGAUCACAGUGUGCUUAUCAUUAAUUCUGUGGUGGACACAAAGUCAGGCAAUUACAGCAGAGCCCGACACCUCAGGGACAUGGCACUGUUAAGUUACCUCACGAAGGGCUUACCGGAAGGAUUGAUGGCAGCUAAACCCUGCAUGGUUUCCUGGUCCACAAUCGCCAUUCAUGUUUGUCAUGCAACAGUUCCAUCGUCCCAGAUCUUAGAGGCCAUCAAUGCAUGUGUUGUAGCACUCUGUUGCCUUGACGAUGAACAUCAGCGUUAUAGAGAGGGAGAGGAUUCUCCUUGGUUGCUGAAGAAGACACCCGUUUGUGACUGUGUGGGAUAUGGUUUCGUGCGAGGGAUAGACAAAGAAAAGAAAUGUUUGUAUAUAGUGAGUCCUGUCCCACUCUCCAAACUUAAAUCUGUCAAUCUGCUGAUGAGGGGCAAUGUGAACCUAACAGAAGACCUCUUCCUCAAGGCUUUCCCAGGAGUUGUACCAUAUGUUGAUAUUACUGCAACUACCAAGGGAUCUGGUGCACUGAGGCAGCGAAAACGUAUGCCAAGGAAAACCUAGUCAAGACUCAGCUUAAAAACUGAAAGGAUCCAUAAAGAUAAGGAACAGGUGUAAAAAGCAGUGCUGACACAGGGACAUGAUUCAUGGUGAUAAGUUCUAGGUUUAAACAGCAAUACUGACACAUGUACAGGAACAUGAUACAUGGCUAAAAGGAUCAGCUGUAAACAAGUGUAGACACAUGGACAUGAUAGAUGGUGAUAAGUAAGGGUCAGCUAAGCAUUGGUGACACAGGGACAUGAUACAUGGAGAUAAGGAUCAGCUGUAAACAGAAGUGUAGACACAGGGACAUGAUAUAUUGUGAUUAGUAAGGGCCAGCUAAGCAUUGGUGACACAGGGACAUGAUACAUGGGGAUAAGGAUCAGCUGUAAACAAGUGUAGACACAUGGACAUGAUAGAUGGUGAUAAGUAAGGGUCACCUAAGCAUUGGUGACACAGGGACAUGAUACAUGGGGAUAAGGAUCAGCUGUAAACAAGUGUAGACACAUUGACCUGAUAGAUGGUGAUAAGUAAGGGUCAGCUAAGCAUGGGUGACACAGGGACAUGAUACAUGGUGAUAAGGAUCAGCUGUAAACAAGUGUAGACACAUUGACAUGAUAGAUGGUGAUAAGUAAGGGUCAGCUAAGCAUGGGUGACACAGGGACAUGAUACAUGGUGAUACGGAUCAGCUGUAAACAGAAGUGUAGACACAGGGACAUGAUAUAUUGUGAUAUUGUAAAAAAGCAGAGAUGAUACAGGGACAUGACACAUGAUUAUAAGGGUCAGCUGCAAACACAGUGUGCUGACACAGUGACAUCAUAUGAUAAUAAAGGUCAUGUGUUCAUAGCAGUGCUGACAUAGGGAUGUCACAUGGUUAUAAGGGGCAUGUGUUCAUAGCAGUGCUGACACAGGGACGUCACAUGUUUAUAAGGGUCAUGUGUUCAUAGCAGUGCUGACACAAGGACGUCACUUGGUUAUAAGAGUCAUGUGUUCAUAGCAGUGCUGACACAGGGAUGUCACAUGGUUAUAAGGGUCAUGUGUUCAUAGCAGUGCUGACACAAGGAUGUCACUUGGUUAUAAGAGUAAUGUGUUCAUAGCAGUGCUGACACAGGGAUGUCACAUGGUUAUAAGGGCCAUGUGUUCAUAGCAGUGCUGACACAGGGACGUCACAUGGUUAUACGAGUCAUGUGUUCAUAGCAGUGCUGACACAGGGACGUCACAUGGUUAUACGAGUCAUGCGUUCAUAGCAGUGCUGACACAGGGACAUCACAUGGUUAUAAGAGUCAUGUGUUCAUAGCAGUGCUGACACAGGGAUGUCAAAUGGUUAUAAGAGUCAUGUGUUCAUAGCAGUGCAGACACAGGGACGUCACAUGGUUAUAAGAGUCAUGUGUUCAUAGCAGUGCUGACACAGGGACAUGAUACAUGGCUAUAAGGGAAAAGCUGUUCACAAAAGAAGACAACAUAUAUUGUUUUUAAUACAGCUUACAAAAUGAUCAACAUGUUGCAAUGAAUUUAUUUAGUUUUGAA